AUAAUUUGGCAUCCUCUUGAACGGCCAUGUUCUCUCCAUGGCCACUCUGUUCCCACCAUCUUCGCCUGCUCUUCCGGCUUUCCGAAGUCUAAUAGUGGAGGGCAACUAUCAUGCAUCCGCACCAAUACACCUUUGUCUAUCGCACCUCGCGCAGUCGGGGUCAAAACGAGCUAUUCUGUUGUUGCCCUCUCGAACGAAGUUCACUGCUGCUCUGAAGAAGCUCAACGACGAUUGGCUGAACCAGCACGGUGGAGAAGGUAAAUGCAGUCGCCUAGCUAGGCACAUUGAUAUAUUAUAUCCUCCUACACCUGCGCACCUUGCAUUCUUGCUCUCUAUGUUCCACCAGGCGCAGGAUUCGGACAAGGUGGAAUUUACUCGGAAGACUACCUUUGCUGCCGUUCCGUCUCUGCUGGUGCUAUGCGAACUUUCUUCAUACCUGGCUGGCAAUCCUGAUGCUACCAUCUCCUCAUAUCUCUCUAUGGUGUCACAAGCUCUGUCUUGCGCGUCGUCGUUGUUGGCUACCUCCGGCUCUACUGUUUCUCUUGCUGUCUUCGACUCUGGAUUAACCGAUCUGAAACUGCCCAUACUUCGGCCUGUUUUCAUGCAGGCACUUGAAAAGGAACGCCAUUCAACUGAACAACCAGAACAAAAAGAAGAUCCAAUACCGAAUGCUGUUCCUGUAGCUUUCCUUGCCCACAGAUUUUUUGACUGGAUUGGCGAGUUCACAAGAGAUCAAGAAUCUCAUCGCCCGAGCAACUUUCAUACGUUCAAACUACGGCGGCAGCCCUCUUCGAAUGAGGAUGAAAUCAUCUGGAGAUGGAGAGAACGACAGAACACUACGAGUAGUGGACAACAAAGCAUCACCUUCAUGUGGAUCUGAGAAUGCGAGUCUGAGUUAGGCUCUGGGUCGGUUCAAUAUCAUGGUAGAACUUUUUCGUGCGGUCUUCCUGAGAUAGUUUUGUUCUUGUACCCUUCGCACCACGUCCUUUCACUGCAGCUAUUUAUUUUAUUGACCAGAGUCAGACGU